CUCAGGCUCAUGCUCAGGCCGCGGAACUGAGCUUUUCAUAUAAAUUAAUUUUGACCGGCGAGCGUGGGAGCGGUUUAGAAAUUUAACAAGGUUAUUGGACAGUACCGCAGAUAGUACCUAGCCUAUGUAAUUUAUCAGUGACUUAAUUGUUUCGUCCGUGUCAUGCGGAUUCGUCCGACACCGCCUCGCCACAUCAGUCUGCUCGCCGCGACCCUUGACGACGACGACGACCUCGCCUGACCCAACUUCCGCCGCCUCCCAAAGUUGCGAUGGCCCUCGCCAGCAAGACGAAGCACGCGCUGCACUGCUGCGCAUGCAUCGGCUUCAUCGUCGGCUUCCAGCUGUUCGCCGGCGGCAUCCGCACGGGCCGGCACCGCUUCGACGACGUGCGGCCGCUCGAAGACUACGGCGUCGUGCUCACCGUCAUUCUCUACGUACUGCGUCUGCUCACGCUACUGCCGCUGCCAAUGUGCAUCUUCGAGUUCGUCGGGCUACUGUUCUUCAACGCGUUCCCCGAGCGGCCGACGCUGAAGGGCUCGCCGCUGCUCUGCCCGCACGUGUGCGUGCGCGUGGUGACGCGCGGUGACUACCCGCAGCUUGUGCGCGACAACGUCACUCGCAACGUCGCGACCUGUCUCGACGUCGGCAUGGACAACUUCAGCAUCGAGGUCGUGACAGAUCACGCGGUCCGUCUGCCGAAGAGCGCGCGCGUGCGCGAGAUCGUUGUGCCGUCGUCGUACAAGACAAAGUCCGGCGCGCUGUUCAAGGCGCGUGCGCUGCAGUACUGCCUGGAGGACGACGUAAACUCACUCAGCGACGACGACUGGAUCGUACAUCUCGACGAGGAGACGCUGCUCACCGAGAACUCGAUGCGCGGCAUCAUCAACUUCGUCAUGGAUGGUAAGCGGGACUUCGGGCAGGGCCUGAUCACGUACGCGAAUGAGGACGUCGUCAACUGGCUGACGACGCUCGCCGACAUGAUACGUGUCGCGAUGGACAUGGGCCGCAUCCGUGCGCAGUUCCGCAUCUUCCACCGGCCGCUGUUUGCGUGGAAGGGCUCGUACGUGGUGGCGCGCGCACGCGCCGAGCGCGCCGUCACGUUCGACCACGGCCCCGCCGGCUCGAUCGCCGAGGACUCGUACUUUGCAAUCGUGGCGGCGCGCGACGGCUACACGUUCGACUUUAUCGACGGCGAGAUGUGGGAGAAGAGCCCGUUCACCGUGCACGACUUUCUGCAGCAGCGCAAGCGCUGGAUGCAGGGCAUCUACCUCGUCGUAACGGCGUCGGCCUUGCCGUGGCGAAACAAGUGGCUGCUCGCCGUCGCACUGUACGCGUGGGUGACGAUGCCGCUGGCGACGUCCAACGUCGUGCUCGCCGCCAUCUUUCCGAUCCCGUGCCCGCAGGUGUUCGACAUCGUCGUCUGUUUCACGGCCGGCAUGACGCUCUACAUGUACGCGUUCGGCGUCGUGAAGUCGUUCAGCGCGUACCGCGUCGGCGUCGUGCGCCUCGCGCUGCUCUGCGCCGGCGCCAUCUGCACGAUACCGUUCAACGUCGUCAUCGAGAACAUUGCCGUGACGUGGGCGCUCUUCGGCAACAAGUACCGCUUCUACGUCGUCGGCAAGGAGCUGAAGCCGGCCGUCAUCGUCUAGGCGACUGCUCCGGAGCAAGCGUACGCACGCAGUAACGUUGCGUGGUUCGGGGGUGUUGACAGGAACGACGACUCGACCACCGUGCGUCUCCACACGCGACUGCAGGAGUUUGACGCGGCUAUGCGUUGGUCGUACGCCGAAACGCGCGAGAUUCCUGUGAAGACGCAUAGAUCUGUCUUCUCGCGGCCAUGGCGUAACCGCGCCACACAUUGUCGUGCGUGCCGUUGCAUUUUUGUGCGUAGCCUUGUUCGUCGUGGUAGGUGGUGUCUUCGUGCCGCGGUCUGCACGGCAGUUCGUUUGCUUCACCGUGUGUUGCGGCGGCGCGUACAUGGGUGCAUUUAAGUGUGCAUGCGCACGCGCGGGCGGCAGGUUUAUGAGUACAUGUGAUGUUGUACGAUGUUGUACGAUGUUGUACUCGUAGCAGUAAGUGAGUUGUUUGUUGAGUAGGUUGUUGUUAUCAUAUGUCAUGUGCCAUGUGCAGCGUCUACACUGCCAGAAAUUGCAUAUAUAUAUAUUCUUGCAGCUAGGUAUCCCCCUCCUCUCACCAAGCUAACCGAUUUCCCUAUUUACAUAAUGCCCUCAUUGUCUACCCUUCUUUCCCGAGUGAUUUGAAUUUCGGGAUAUCUUCCUGACUUCCGUGACAGUUAACAUAUUCUGUUUGGUAAAUUACUGUGUUGGUACAUGCACGUUCCCCCAGGUUCUCUUGCAAAUGACUUCAGUGUCUGUCUUCACAAAUACGCCGAACAAAGUCCUCACAAUUGACAAAAUAUCUGACUUAUCUGAGAGGCAAUAAAAUCUGCUUCGUGCAAGAGUUUGUUCACGAAUCCCUGGCUGGGCAGUAAUACGAGGGCAGGCACAAUGAGUGUAUCUGUAUAAACUCGAGAGCUAAUAAUACUAUAAACAGGGUCCGUAGAUGGUAUAUAAUAACAUUAAAAUUAAUAUCAUCUUGAUAUAUAACACAAUUGUUUCAAUAUAUUUAUGGAUAUGUUUUGUUUUUACCUCGCAUAAGUAAUAUGAUGAACCACUAUAACGAUAGAAACAUGGAGAUUUAAUUUUCAUAAUUUUCCGAGCUCUGCUAAUUUGGGCGUUUUAUUAAUUUUGUAAUUUGGGCGUUUUGCUAGGGAUCGUAAGUUGGGCGCCUGUAUUCGAUAUGAAAAAUGGCUUGGAUUAGGUCCUGAUAAAGGUAUUAUUAGCCAUUGAUAAAAUCUCAGUGUCGUGAAAGUCGCAAACCUUUUAUGCCCCGGGAAGGAAACUCCUGGCAGUUACAACUUCCCCCCUUGGGUGUACGAACGCGAACACUACGCGUGGGUGGCCAGCGUACCAUGUGUGUUUGUUGUCGCAACGCCGCUGUCGCUGUACAAAACAGCGUGCGCCUGCAAGUGUCGUCUGCUAUGUGUUGCGUGGGCGGGAAUUGAUUGAGGACUCUUGCAUGCAUGAGAAAGUGCACGGGUCGUCCCGCGGUCAUUCAUAUAUUUAUCAGUACUGUAGCACGGUGCGCGUGCCGUCUUACUGACGCUGAGAGGGUCUA